AUGAAGUACCAGUUGCUUAGGCCAAGACGCACGAGUGCAGCUCUUAUGUUUUCCGCUCUUCCUUUUCUUGUCCUUCCCAUUCUCGCCCUCCUCUACACCUCGUCCUUCGUCUUUUCCCUUCUCUGUCUUGCCACUUGGUCUCUGUCUGAACGGGCAUUCGGCCAGUGCCCGCGAUCGCAGAUGUGUCUGCGUACUGACGUGCCGGCUGCUUCACCUCCAGACGACUAUGACUAA